GUGAUAUCCCUCCGCGAGAGAGAAGCGCGCGGCCCUUUCCCUCCCGACAACACAGGAUGUGAAGGGGCGGUGGAGAAGCCACGAGACGAUUCUCUGCUCCUCGACCACUAACAUUUCCCGCGACAUUCGAGUGAAAAGUCCGAGCGAGCACCGGGAACCUCCGCCUCUGUCCGCACCGUCCGUACCCGCCCUGCGGCUGUCACAGAGCGAGUCCCGUGGAAGGAAACUAAUCCCGCUGUGAGCGACACUCACUGUCCGAGAGAAGAGCGCGCGCCGGGGACGCAAUGGAGCUCAUCACGAUCCUCGAGAAAACGGUGUCUCCAGAUCGUAAUGAACUGGAAGCAGCUCAGAAGUUUCUGGAACAGGCAGCGUUGGAGAACCUGACCACAUUCCUGGUGGAGUUGUCGAAGGUUUUGGCAAACCCUGGGAACACACAGGUGGCUCGAGUGGCUGCUGGUCUGCAGGUGAAGAACUCUCUGACCUCUAAAGACCCUGACGUGAAGACACGGUACCAGCAGAGAUGGCUGGCCAUCGACGCCAACGCUCGCUGCGAGAUCAAGAACUAUGUUUUACAGACUCUGGGCACGGAGACGUAUCGACCCAGCUCGGCGUCGCAGUGCGUCGCUGGGAUCGCCUGCGCCGAGAUUCCCGUCAACCAGUGGCCCGAUCUCAUCAGACAGCUGGUCGCCAACGUUACCAAUCCAUCGAGCACCGAACACAUGAAGGAGUCCACACUGGAGGCUAUAGGAUACAUCUGCCAGGAUAUAGACCCAGAGCAGCUGCAGGAGAAAGCCAACGAGAUCCUGACGGCCAUCAUCCAGGGCAUGAGGAAGGAGGAGCCGAGUAACAACGUCAAACUGGCAGCGACCAACGCUCUGCUCAACUCACUGGAGUUCACCAAGGCCAACUUUGACAAGGAGGCUGAGCGACACUUCAUCAUGCAGGUGGUGUGUGAGGCCACACAGUGUCCUGACACCAGAGUGCGCGUGGCUGCGCUGCAGAACCUGGUGAAGAUCAUGUCUCUGUAUUAUCAGUACAUGGAGGCGUACAUGGGUCCUGCUCUGUUCGCGAUCACCAUCGAGGCAAUGAAGAGCGACAUUGACGAAGUCGCCCUCCAGGGCAUCGAGUUCUGGUCUAACGUGUGUGACGAGGAGAUGGACCUCGCCAUCGAGGCGUCUGAGGCCUCAGAGCAGGGCCGCCCCCCGGAGCACACCAGUAAGUUCUAUGCCAAAGGGGCCCUUCAGUACCUGGUUCCCAUCCUCACUCAGACCCUCACCAAACAGGACGAGAACGACGACGAUGACGACUGGAACCCGUGUAAGGCGGCGGGCGUGUGUCUGAUGCUGUUGGCGACGUGCUGCGAGGACGACGUGCUGCUCCACGUGCUGCCGUUCAUUCAGAAGAACAUCACACACCCAGACUGGCGCUAUCGUGACGCCUCCAUCAUGGCAUUUGGAUCCAUCCUGGAAGGACCUGAGCUGAGUCAGCUCAAACCUCUGGCCGUACAGGCCAUGCCGACCCUGAUGGAGCUGAUGAAAGACCCCAGCGUGGUGGUGAGGGACACGACGGCGUGGACGGUGGGUCGUAUAUGUGAGCUUCUGCCUGAAGCCGCCAUCAACGAGUACCAGCUGGAGCCGCUGCUCAAGAGUCUGAUCGAGGGGCUGGGGGCGGAGCCCAGAGUGGCGACCAAUGUCUGCUGGGCGUUCUCGUCUUUGGCCGAGGCGGCGUACGAAGCCACGGAGGCCGCAGAGGACCAGGAAGAACCGUGCACCUACUGUCUGUCGUCCUCCUUCGAAACCAUCGUCCAGAAACUGCUGGAGACAACAGACAGGCCUGACGGUCACCAGAACAACCUGCGCUCUGCAGCGUAUGAGGCUCUGAUGGAGAUCGUGAAGAACAGCGCUAAAGACUGUUACCCAGCGGUGCAGAAGACCACGCUGGUCAUCAUGGAGCGGCUGCAGCAGGUCCUGCAGAUGGAGUCUCACAUCCAGAGCACGUCAGACAGAAUCCAGUUCAACGACCUGCAGUCGCUGCUGUGUGCGACUUUACAGAAUGUCUUGCGUAAGGUCCAACACCAGGAUGCGCUGCAAAUCUCAGAUGUGGUCAUGGCAUCUCUGCUGAGGAUGUUUCAGAGCACGGCCGGGUCAGGAGGCGUUCAGGAGGACGCUCUGAUGGCUGUGUCCACACUGGUGGAAGUUCUGGGCAGUGACUUUCAGAAAUACAUGGAGGCCUUUAAACCGUUUCUCGCCAUCGGCCUGAAGAACUAUGCAGAGUAUCAGGUGUGUCUGGCAGCAGUGGGUCUGGUGUGUGACCUGUGUCGAGCUUUGAUGUCCAACAUCCUGCCUUACUGUGAUGACCUCAUGCAGCUGCUGCUGGAGAACCUGGGGAAUGAGAACGUCCAUCGCUCAGUCAAACCUCAGAUUCUCUCUGCGUUCGGAGACAUCGCUCUCGCCGUCGGAGGAGAGUUUAAGAAAUAUCUGAAAAUAGUCCUGGACACACUGCAGCAGGCGUCUCAGGCUCAGGUGGACAAGACAGACUAUGACAUGGUGGACUACCUGAACGAGCUGAGGGAGGGUUGUCUGGAGGCGUACACCGGCAUCAUCCAGGGCCUGAAGGGAGACCAGGAGAACGUCCACCCUGACGUGAUGUUGGUUCAGCCGAGGGUGGAGUUCAUCCUCUCAUUUAUUCAUCACAUCGCUGAGGAUGAGGAUCACUCGGACAGUGUGGUGGCGAACGCCGCCGGACUCAUCGGUGACCUUUGUACGGCGUUUGGUAAAGAUGUGAUGCAGCUCGUUGAUCUUCAUCCUCCCAUCAAUGAGAUGCUGACAGAGGGUCGACGCUCCAAAACAACAAAGACCAAGACGCUGGCGACCUGGGCCACGAAGGAGCUGCGUAAACUCAAGAGCCAGGCCUGAUGAUGAUGGUCGGGCUGAGAGAGAGAGAGAGAGAGAGAGAGAGAGAGAGAUCGACAUCAGUGAACAAUGAGGACAAACCCCGCCCACUGGACUAAAGUCUUCUGUUUGUCGAAGCAGAAGACGAGUGACAUGAGUGUGUGAGAGGCGUGCGAGCGAGCAAGAGACGACAUCACACCACCCUGAGAUCCAGCAGGUGACGACUAACCCCUCCCCCUUCCUGUGGACUGGACUCUGACUCCUCCCCCUUUUGAAACAAACUUGCCUUUCAGCCUGCUCCCCCAAAAUAAUCUGCCUCUCCCGCCGUAGGCCGGCCUCUGGUAUGACAUCACGAUGAUGUCAUUAAUCUGUCACUGCUAUGACAUCACGAUGAUGUCACUGAUCUGUCACUCGGCGCCCGGAGACAAAAACAUGACGAGAAAACAAAGACUCUGGAAAAGUUCGGGUUUUCCCUCCUCUUUCUCUUUUUUCUUUUUUUUCUUCGAGCACUAAAACGGCGACAGGGGUCCGACGGACGCCACGGCGCCGACGCCCACGCUACAACGGCAGCACUAAAAUCCUUCAAAAUAAAAUUCUAUCCGCUGCAGGAGUGAGUGCCAAAAGAAAAGGUGGAAUUUGUGCUGCACCUGGUUUGGGAAAAGGUCACUCAGCGUUUUUGUUGGAAAGUUCCGGAGAAUCGCAGACGUUUGUAUGAGGUUAUAUUUUUCCAUUGCUAUAAUAAAAUUAAAAACAAUAAAAUAAUGUGAACAUUCCCGA